CGUUACCUCAGUAAAGCAAUGUUGCUGUGCUUAUUACUUGAUAUAAGCUCUGGAAUAAAAAUCCUUAAGAAUGUCGUGCAUUUGCCAGUACAUAAUUAGUUCUUCAUCCUCGACAAAUGGCGGCGGUCAACCCAUUGCAUUUCCACUGUCCAACGCGAAUGACAUUUCUGCGGCUGCCAUAGGGCAAGAAGGACCCUGCGAUGCCUCCAUGGAGCCUGUCACAGAUGAUACCAAGAUAGCUGUCUGCGUCUCGGAGCUGGCCGAUUGCCGCUCCGAAAACUGGCUGCUAAAAAAGAAGCUGGAGGAGCAUGAGGUGACCAUUCAGAAUCUGGAGCAUCUAAUGACCACCAUUAUGAAUAAGCAGCAUAAGAUGCUAGCUGAAGUGUUGCAGCUGCGCAAACGCAAUCAGGAACUCAAAAAUGAGUGCAACCUACAGCGCGAAUAUCACGCGAUGGAGCGCAAUGCGCUGAUCAAGGAAAUCUACGAUCUGAAGAACAGAGAUCAAAUGUGUGCACUGAGUGCUGAGGAGGAUGAGUCUAAUAGCUCGAUGAAUAGUCAGGAGGAGUAUGGCGAGCAAAUCGAGACAGACAGCGACGAGGCGAAGUUAUGCUACGAACAUGACAGCGAUGGGGUGGAGAAUGAGGAGGAUGGGGAUGAUGGGGAGGAUGAGCACUCUGCAGGCUCAUCGGCUGAGACCUCGGCUCCAUCCUCACACAAUGGUUCAAUGUACUCGGCCGAUUCGGAUACUUACGAAACCGAUGAGAGCGAGGAUGAAGAACAGGAAUCUCAGCAUGAGCAGGAGGAGUACAGCACUGGUACUGAAUCUGAAUCCGACUAAAUAAAUUGCAUUUAGUUUUAGUUGAACCAUGUUAGCAUGUCUGGUUGGAUUAUAUUAUUUACU